AUGACUGUUGGUUUUGUGGCAUUUCACAGGCCAUCUGAAGAAGAUGCAUUGAAUGGUAUUGCUUCUCCUUUCAAGCCAAUCAUGGAUAUCAAUUACUAUUACUCAGCUGUAGAAAGAAAUAACUUAAUGAGGUUAUCACAGAGCAUUCCAUUCACUCCUGUGCCUCCGAGAGGGGAACCAGUCACUGUCUAUCGCCUUGAAGAAAGUUCUCCUAGCAUCCUGAACAACAGCAUGUCUUCCUGGUCACAACUAGGACUCUGUGCUAAAAUUGAGUUUUUAAGUAAAGAGGAGAUGGGAGGAGGUUUGCGUCGAGCUCUGAAAGUAGUGUGCACGUGGUCAGAAUAUGAUAUCCUGAAAUCAGGACACCUUUAUAUCAUCAAGUCUUUUCUUCCUGAAGUUGUGAAUACUUGGUCAAGCAUUUAUAAGGAGGACACAGUGUUACACUUGUGCUUGAGAGAAAUUCAACAGCAGAGGGCAGCACAGAAGCUCACCUUUGCUUUCAAUCAAAUGAAGCCUAAAUCCAUUCCAUACUCUCCACGGUUCCUGGAAGUUUUCCUAUUGUAUUGCCACUCUGCUGGCCAGUGGUUUGCAGUUGAGGAGUGCAUGACUGGAGAGUUUAGAAAAUACAACAACAAUAAUGGUGAUGAAAUAAUCCCAACUAACAUGCUAGAGGAGGUUAUGUUGGCCUUCAGUCAUUGGACAUAUGAAUAUACCAGAGGAGAACUGUUGGUACUAGAUCUGCAAGGUGUUGGUGAAAAUUUGACAGAUCCCUCUGUGAUAAAAGCUGGAGAAAAAAGGUGGAAGCACUGCUGCAAGGAACUGAUGGAGGAGACAGACAGUCAAUGCCCAGGGCUUGCUGGCCUGAGGAACCUGGGCAACACGUGCUACAUGAACUCCAUUUUGCAGUGCUUGUGCAAUUUGCCACCACUCGUGGAGUAUUUCAUCUCAGGAAAGUACAAAACAGCCCUACACAAGGAGAAUGGUGAGACUGCGACUGCCUUUGGCUCUUUGAUGUCUGAUAUGUGGCUGGGAAAGUUUGACUACAUUUCCCCAGAGGAUUUUUUUUUAGUCCUGGGGAAGCGGUAUCGAACUUUUAGGAAGAGAACUCAGCAGGAUGCACAGGAGUUUCUGAUCUGUGUGCUGAAUGAACUCCACGAGGCUCUCAAGAAGUCAAGCACAAGAUGCAUAACAGGUAUAAAGGCAAGCAGAGGCAGUGUUAAUGAAGCCUCUAUUAUCACUCAGUUAUUUGAGGGACAACUCAGUUAUGAUAUCACAUGCCUGGAAUGCAAGACCACCACCGACAGACCUGAGAGCUUCACGGUUCUGUCCCUGCCCAUCCCUUCCAAGAGCUCAUGUUCUCUGCAGGACUGUCUGAGAUGCUUCUUUAAGCAAGACACACUGACUCAGACCAACCAAAUCCACUGUUCCUGCUGUGGAACUAAACAAGAUGCUGCAGUAAAGGGCACCAUAACCAAGGCACCACAGAUCAUUAUUUUUCACCUAAAGAGGUUUGAAUGGCAAGGCAGGUGCAGAAGGAAACUCUCCACUGCCAUCAGCUACCCGCUCAGCAACCUGGAUCUCUCUCCUUACAGUUCCCCACUUCCUGGCAAGGACACAGAGUACAGCCUGUCUGCUGUAGUGAACCACUCUGGUUUUCUGGAUGAUGGCCACUACACGGCGUUCUGCAAGCACUCAGUCACCCACAACUGGUACAGCUUUGAUGAUGCACACAUCACCGAGAUUCCGAAUUGCCCACUGCAGACUAAUACAGCUUAUCUCCUGUUCUACACCUGUCAAAGCCUUCUCUGCAGCUAUUAA